AUAGAGAAGAGCUUCAGAGAAAUAUCUUUCUGCUCACAGGGUAUUCAUCAUGUGGAUCACUUUGGGUUCAUCUGUAGAGAGACAGUAGAAGGAGGGAGCUGUACGUUCGUCUGCUAUGUCUUCCAGUGUACUGAUGAAUCCCUGGUGGAUGAGAUCAUGUUGACUUUAAAGCAGGCGUUCUCUGUGGCCGCCCUGCAGCAGAGUGUAAGGACCAGGAGCCAGCAGUGUGACAGUUGCCCCAUGCAGCAGCUGCACAGGCUGUGUGAGAGGAUAGAAGGUCUCCUCCCGUCUAAAGCCAAGCUGGAGUUUCAGAAACAUCUGGCCACACUGGACAAUCAGGAACAAGCUGCCGUGUUCGAGAACACUGUGAGGGCCAGUCCUAAGAGUGACCAGGAGGAGAAUGAGCUGGUGAUGGGGUCUUUGAGGAGUCUGUAUGAACAGAAACAGAGGAGUCAUCAACACACAGAUCACAGACCGGUACCAGAGGCUCCAGCCCCAGUAGAGGUCCAGUCCAGUAGCAGACAGAGAUUAGAGCAGUUUAAAACCAGAGCAAAACGCUCCCUCACAGAGUCACUGGAGGGCAUCUGGAAGGGAAGUAGCAAAACCAGGGCUCAGAGAGAGAACAGCGAAGGAGACAUCAGUUCAUCUGACUCUACACUGAACUCCACUGAACAGGACCCCUCCCUAGAAGACCCCCUCCCCUCCUCCAAUCCUCUGCGGUCUCACAACUCGACAGGGGACCUGAAACGUCUGGACACCUCUCCUCUCUCCGUCUCUCCUUCCUUCUCAUCCCUGUCUCUGUCCUCCCGGGACGCACUGUCCCAGUCGCAUGGCUUCAGGCGGAGAGCCAGCACCUUCAGCCACUCCCCUUCCUACCACGAUCACGCCCCUUCCUACCCUGACCACACCCCCUCGUAUACACACACACCCCAGGUACCCAGCAGCUCCACCAAGCCCAAACUGGUUCGGCACUACUCUGUCAGCACCGACACUCCGCACCAGAGCAAACGACUCCAGGCGGACCCUACUCUUCCUUUCCUGUCCUUCCCCUCUCCUCUUCUCUCUCAUCGACCCUCAUCCCCCUCUCUCGGGGGUCGCCUGGCCAAACGAAGUCCUCUGGGAGGUCUGCGCGCUCGUCUCCGCUCCUCCUCCUCUGUUCCCAACUUCCUCAAACUCCUCGCUCCUGUCCACGAGAGCCACACCUGUGACUUAGACAAGAGGAGUGACGUAGCAGCCCUGUCCAGUCCGGUAGCAGUG